AUGGCGGCGAUGAGGGCCGCACUUUUUUUCAAAUUAGUGACUCCCAGAAGUCAUUGCGCGCAUUUGUAACGAAUUUCCGUUCGAGUUUGUAUUUUAGGCGCCAUUUUCGAGUGAGGGACCCGGAGCCCAAACACCGGCUGGAGUGGGGGUAUACGAUCGUCUUCCAGCUCUGGUCCGAGUGGACCACGCCGCAGCGACCAUGCCGCGCAGAGGCGCCCAGCCCUCCACCGCCCGGCGCGCUGAGAAUGGACGGCCGGAGAGCCCCGACGGUGCGGGCAGCGACGCGGGAUCCGAGCCCACCGCCCCAGACUCCAAGUGAGGAAAUGGAUAAUAGAAGUUUGGAAGAGAUUUUGAAUAGCAUCCCUCCUCCCCCGCCUCCAGCAAUGACCAAUGAAGCUGGAGCUCCUCGGCUUAUGAUAACUCAUAUUGUAAACCAAAACUUUAAAUCCUAUGCUGGUGAAAAAGUCCUGGGACCUUUCCAUAAGCGUUUUUCCUGUAUUAUUGGGCCAAAUGGCAGUGGAAAGUCCAACGUUAUUGAUUCUAUGCUUUUUGUAUUUGGCUAUCGAGCGCAAAAAAUAAGAUCUAAAAAACUUUCUGUACUAAUACACAAUUCUGAUGAACACAAGGAUAUUCAGAGUUGUACGGUAGAAGUUCAUUUUCAAAAGAUAAUUGAUAAGGAAGGGGAUGAUUAUGAAGUGGUUCCUAACAGUAACUUCUAUGUAUCCAGAACAGCCUACAGAGAUAAUACAUCUGUCUAUCACAUAAGUGGGAAGAAGAAAACAUUUAAAGAUGUUGGAAAUCUUCUUCGAAGCCAUGGAAUUGACUUGGACCAUAACAGAUUUUUAAUCUUACAGGGUGAAGUUGAACAAAUUGCUAUGAUGAAACCAAAAGGCCAGACUGAACAUGACGAGGGUAUGCUUGAAUAUCUAGAAGAUAUAAUUGGUUGUGGACGACUAAAUGAGCCCAUUAAAGUCUUGUGUCGGAGAGUUGAAAUAUUAAAUGAACACAGAGGAGAGAAGCUAAACAGAGUUAAGAUGGUGGAAAAGGAAAAGGAUGCCUUAGAAGGAGAGAAAAACAUAGCCAUCGAAUUUCUCACCUUGGAAAAUGAAAUAUUUAGCAAAAAGAAUCAUGUUUGUCAGUAUUACAUUUAUGAUCUGCAGAAACGAAUUGCUGAAAUGGAAUCUCAAAAGAAAAAAAUUCAUGAAGAUACCAAAGAAAUUAAUGAGAAGAGCAGUAUACUGUCAAAUGAAAUGAAAGCUAAGAAUAAAGCUGUAAAAGAUAGAGAGAAGAAACUGAAUAAAAUUACAAAGUUCAUUGAGGAGAAUAAAGAAAAAUUUACACAGUUGGAUUUGGAAGAUGUUCAGGUUAGGGAAAAAUUGAAGCAUGCUACAAGUAAAGCAAAAAAACUGGAGAAACAACUUCAAAAAGAUAAAGAAAAGGUUGAAGAAUUUAAAAGUAUACCUGCCAAAAGUGAAAAUAUAAUAACUGAGACCACAACUCGAAGAAAUGCUCUUGAGAAAGAAAAAGAGAGAGAAGAAGAAAAACUAAAGGAAGUUAUGGAUAGCCUUAAACAGGAAACACAAGGGCUUCAGAAAGAAAAAGAAAGUCGAGAGAAAGAACUUAUGGGUUUCAGCAAAUCAGUAAAUGAAGCACGUUCAAAGAUGGAUGUAGCCCAGUCAGAACUUGAUAUCUAUCUCAGUCGUCAUAAUACUGCAGUGUCUCAGUUAAAUAAGGCCAAGGAAGCUUUAAUUGCAGCUUCUGAGACUCUCAAAGAAAGGAAAACUGCGAUCAGAGACAUAGAGGCAAAACUUCCUCAAACUGAACAAGAACUAAAGGAGAAAGAAAAGGAACUUCAAAAACUUACACAAGAAGAAAUAAAUUUCAAGAGUUUGGUUCGUGAUCUUUUCCAAAAAGUUGAAGAAGCAAAGAGUUCCUUAGCAAUGAAUCGAAGCAGGGGCAAAGUCCUUGAUGCAAUAAUUCAAGAAAAAAGAUCUGGCAGGAUUCCAGGAAUAUAUGGAAGAUUGGGGGACUUAGGAGCAAUUGAUGAAAAAUACGAUGUUGCUAUUUCAUCCUGUUGUCAUGCACUAGACUACAUUGUUGUUGAUUCUAUUGACACAGCUCAAGAAUGUGUAAACUUCCUUAAAAGACAAAAUAUUGGAGUUGCGACCUUCAUCGGUUUGGAUAAGAUGGCGGUAUGGGCAAAGAAAAUGACCAAAAUUCAAACUCCUGAAAAUACUCCUCGUUUGUUUGAUUUGGUAAAAGUAAAAGAUGAGAAAAUUCAGCAAGCAUUUUAUUUUGCCUUACGGGACACCUUAGUAGCUGACAACUUAGAUCAAGCCACAAGAGUAGCAUAUCAAAAGGAUAGAAGAUGGAGAGUGGUGACUUUACAGGGGCAAAUCAUAGAACAGUCAGGUACAAUGACCGGUGGAGGAAGCAAAGUAAUGAAGGGAAGGAUGGGUUCAUCAGUUGUUGAAAUCUCUGAAGAGGAGGUAAAUAAAAUGGAAUUGCAGUUGCAGAGAGACUCUGAGAAGGCAGUACAAAUUCAGGAAAAGAAAGUACAACUGGAAGAAGCAGCAAUUAAGUUACGACAUAGUGCUCGGGAAAUGGGGAAUACACUAGAAAAGUUUACUGCAAGCAUCCAGCGUUUAUCGGAGCAAGAAGAAUAUUUGAGUGUCCAAGUUAAAGAACUUGAAGCUAAUGUACUUGCUACAGCCCCUGACAAAACAAAGCAGAAACUACUAGAAGAAAAUGUUAGUGCUUUCAAAACAGAAUAUGACAGUGUGGCAGAGAAAGCUGGUAAGGUAGAAGCUGAGGUUAAAAGGUUACACAAUAUCAUUGUAGAAAUCAAUAACCAUAAACUCAAGGCCCAGCAAGACAAACUUGAUAAAAUAAACAAACAAUUGGAUGAAUGUGCUUCUACUAUUACUAAAGCCCAGGUAGCAAUCAAGACUGCAGACAGAAAUCUUAAAAAGGCACAAGACUCUGUCUUUUGCACGGAGAAAGAAAUAAAAGAUACUAAGAAAGAAGUAGACGACUUAACAGCAGAACUAAAAAGUCUUGAGGACAAAGCAACAGAGGUUAUAAAGAACACAAAUAAUGCAGAGGAAUCUUUACCAGAGAUCCAGAAAGAACAUCGUAAUCUACUCCAAGAACUAAAAGUAAUCCAAGAAAAUGAACAUGCUCUUCAAAAAGAUGCACUGAGUAUUAAGUUGAAACUUGAGCAAAUAGAUGGUCACAUUGCUGAACAUAAUUCUAAAAUAAAGUAUUGGCAAAAAGAGAUUUCAAAAAUAUCACUGCAUCCCAUAGAAGAUAGCCCUAUCAAAGAGAUUUUAGUUCUAAGCCAAGAGGACCUUGAAGCAAUUAAGAAUCCAGAUUCUAUAACAAGUCAAAUUGCACUUUUGGAGGCCCAGUGUCAUGAAAUGAAACCAAACCUUGGUGCCAUUGCAGAGUAUAAAAAGAAGGAAGAAUUAUAUUUACAACGGGUAGCAGAAUUGGACAAAAUAACAUGUGAGAGAGAUAAUUUUAGACAGGCAUAUGAAGAACUUCGGAAACAAAGGCUUAAUGAAUUCAUGGCAGGUUUUUACAUAAUAACAAAUAAAUUAAAGGAGAAUUACCAGAUGCUUACUUUGGGAGGUGAUGCAGAACUGGAGCUUGUAGAUAGCUUGGAUCCAUUCUCAGAAGGAAUCAUGUUCAGUGUUCGGCCACCUAAGAAAAGUUGGAAGAAGAUCUUUAACCUCUCAGGAGGAGAGAAAACACUUAGUUCAUUGGCUCUAGUAUUUGCUCUUCACCACUACAAACCCACGCCCCUGUACUUCAUGGACGAGAUUGAUGCAGCCCUUGAUUUUAAAAAUGUGUCGAUUGUUGCAUUUUAUAUCUAUGAACAAACAAAAAAUGCCCAGUUCAUCAUCAUUUCUCUUCGAAAUAAUAUGUUUGAGAUUUCGGAUAGACUUAUUGGAAUUUACAAGACAUACAAUAUAACAAAAAGUGUUGCGGUAAACCCAAAAGAAAUUGCAUCUAAAGGACUUUGUUGAACUUGUUUAUAUUGAAGAUUCCUUUAAUCAACAGACUGAGAGUAUUAUAUUGAUUUUUUUUUUUUGUAAAGGAUUAUAAAUUAUAUAAAAUAUAUAUUCCUAGACUGGAUCAUGUAACUGGUUUCUAUUUUAUGUAAUUGACAUUACAAUUCUAAUAAAAUAUUCUGUUCUUGCCACUAGAUUUUAACAAUCUGACAGUUUUGUAAACAGGCAGUGAGAGGAAGAAGCCUGGAGGAUAUCAGGUGAUUUGCCCUUAGUCCCAACUUACUACUGAUAGUUUAAAAAGCAUGUUAAUUAAUAGUGAAACUCUAAAACUAGAUCAUGUUAACAAGACUCAGCCUACUCCCAUGAAUCUUUAGCCCACACUUAGAAAAUUCUGCCAGCUACUCUUAUAUUCCUAAAAUACUCCACUUAAUUUACUUGACAAUCAUAUUGUAUUUAUUACACAAAUAUUAGGGGCUUUUUAAACCGUUCAUUCUCAACUAUAAGGAUGAAAACCUAUUAUUUUCUAAAAUUUCUGUGUUUGAAAGAACACUUGUAGAAGGGCUAGCGUAAACCAACAGUAUCUUCUGAACAUGACUCAGGUAAAUUAGAAGUUGUAAAGGGAACUCAUAUACCACUACACUUAUUUCAUUAAAAGGAUAAACUAGUAACUUUCUGAGUGUAAGUGGAAAUUAAGAUGGAGUGUUAUUUUCCUACAGUGCCGAAGUUUGGGGGGGUUUUUUGUUUGUUUUUUUUUAACCCUACUGGCUCAGGAAUGCUUCAUAUUGUUACUGGAAAUAGGUUGGCAACCUAAUUUUCAGAAGGAAUUUUUGGUACUGAAGUCUUUUCCUUAACUGUUCAAUUUCUAGAUAACUGAUCCUGUGAAAUUAACACUGAGCUAACAGUUGUAUCAUAGCAAAGCCAUUAAAAACUGUAAAUACAGUAGCAUGGAAAUAAAGCAAGAUCUG